AUGUCCGUCCUACCAAGUGCCCCGAAACGCAGAUUGCGCUCGCAAUACCCCGCCGAGUCAUCCGAGAAUCAUGUCGAGUACAUUCUGGUCGCAUCGUUUGACAUUGACCAUGGAUCCGUCAUGGAGCACCAAUACCCAGCUCCCAUCAGUGGAGACGAGCACAUGUUAGCUGAAUUGAUGUUGCCAGAUCAAACCCACAUGCGCAGUCAGGAUUGGACAAUCUUCUUCCUGCAUAAGGACACGAGCGCAGAGGAAGAGGCCAGGGAAGAGCGGAGAGAGCGGAGAAGACAGAGGCGGAGACGGAAGGAGGGUCUGGAUGGUGACGAUCCAGCGACGAAUGGAGGCGAGGCCAACGAGGAUAUGGAGGGUCUAGAUGAUGAUGAUUUCGACACCGAAGACGAAGAGGACGAAGAGGAUGACGGCAUUGAGGGGCCUCCCCUCGUAUAUGUGUUGAAUCUUGUUAAUACCAAGCAAGAUAUCACGGUUAAAAGAGGCGCAAUUGUCAAGGCUAUGGCCAUAUGUACGCGGCAUUCCUUUUUACAUAUUUACAAGCCUCUUCUCCUCUUGGCGCUCGAGGAGUACUUCCGUGUUCCUGUUCCUGAGACGCUCGCUUCUCUAUAUAACGCCGUGAAUUCGAUGGACCUCUCCCUGAUGCCAAAGCUAUCGCCCUUAGAGGGUUUCAUUCUUCAAGCUAGCGACGCCAAAGACAUGUUCGUAGAGAAGUUUGACCAGAUGAUCAAACAGCGUAUGAUUGAGGAUGCUGAACGAAAUUCAGUACCUUCCUCAUCAGGGUCGAACAUGUCUCCAGCACGGCACAACGCUACCAAAUACGUUCUUCCACGAGAUACUCACGAGUUCGACUCGCGUGUGCAUUAUAACGGUAUUCCCGUACCGAUCAAAGUGCCAACAGCCAUCAGCCCCGAGACCGUUGGCGACUUCUCUCUGAUUAAGCUGAUUCAGACUUUCUCGACACCACAUGCCACUUCUCCGCAGCCAUUCGCCCUUCAUCCCCAUCUCACUACGAGCGGUGCCUACACUCACCCCAUAAUUGUUCUCGUCAAUGCGCUACUUACUCAAAAACGUAUCGUCUUUCUCGGUCACAACAGGCCAUCUGGAGAGGUAGCCGAGGCUGUACUGGCUGCAUGUGCACUCGCUUCUGGUGGCCAGCUCCGAGGCUUCACUCGGCACGCGUUUCCAUACACUGACCUUACCAAGAUCGACGAUCUACUGAAAGUUCCUGGCUUUAUCGCUGGUGUAACAAAUCAAAUCUUCACGCAUAAAGUAGAAUGGUGGGACUUGCUUUGUGACCUUCCCACAGGUCGUAUGAAGAUCAGUAGCCGCAUUGAAGCCGCUCCUGUCUCCGAAGGGGUACAAUUCUUCCAACAACAGCAAGCUGGGCUUGGAGGCAACCCAAGCAUUGGCGCACAGAUCGCCAGUGCAGUGACAGCAGGCGAAGGUAAGGGCGCUGUCGACUUGACUGGCGAUAAUGCCUUCAUGGAUGGCUUGUUGCAAGCAAUUGCCAACCGUCACGGCGAGGCUGCCAUCCGAAGUAAAUGGCGUUUCUGGGUCCUCAAGUUUACGCGCUUAGCUGCUGCAUUCGAGGAACUCGUAUACGGCGCGUCCGCAUUGUACAUCGGACCGCACGAGACCGAGGACGGAGCAGGCGCAUAUGGCGUAUCCGGACACGGCUACGUCUGGAACGACGACAUAUCCCGCAUGAAAGAGCUAGCUGCGAACACCCAUCGUAUCGAAGGAUGGCGGGUUACUCGGAGCUAUUUCACAUUCAUCCAAGAUCUAGCAAGGCGGUGGGAGAAGCGACCUGUGCGCGGGAUCGACCUACAACAUCAGCACGAUCGACUUCGUUGCGCAAGGCUUAGUCACGACCAAAGUGCCGCCAUCUACCUCGCUUUCGCUCAGGCUGUGGAAGAGGCCGGUCCUAGCUACUCGCCGUCUGACUCGAUGGCGGAUCUUUCAUCCGGCGUCAACAGUAUCAGUAUGGAUGCGAGUGGUGAGUUGUCGCCGCGGAGACCACCGAGCGAGCAGCUGCAGUACGACACCAUUCUGCAACUGCUGACAGUCGUCCCGGAGACGAACAGCGGCCUGUUCUACAUUUCCUUAGGACUAUUCCACCCACGGCCAGACGUACGCAUCGCAGUUGUCAAGCUGCUGGAGCGUAUCGUGGAGCAUCCUGCAGGCCGACAUUUCUGGGCUAGCCUAGGUCGAUUCGCAAAGCUAGCGUUUUUCAGAGUAAAGAGAGAGGAGGAGACUGGAGCGGGGAGGUGA